AUGAUGAACAAAGAUAAUAAUAGUAAUAUACUAGCUGAUCUGAAGAGUGUAUUUACUGAAGCAUGUGCGAAAUUUUGUGCUUAUGAUUUACGUCCAUACGAAUCUGUUCGUGGUCAUGGUUUUCAAAUAUUAUGUCAAUCUUUGUUAGAUCUUGCACGUCAAAAUUUUCAUCCAAUUGAAGCAGCUGAUAUUAUUCCGGAUCCAAUGACAAUCUCGCAAGAUCGUGUAAAAUUAAUUGAAUCAUUAAUACCUGAUUCGAAGAAAAUUAAACUUUCUGGUAUUAUAGCUGACUUUUGGAAAAAUAAAUUUACUUCAGAUAGCUAUUUAACAGUAAAUUUGCAUUACAAUAAAGAUGGACAAAUGAAAAAUUUUAUGUUAAAAACUGUUUCAAUCAGCGAAGCUAAAACUGGUGAUAUAACUGAUUUACUUUCCGUAUUUAAAAUUGGUAGCGAGAAAUUAUCUGCUGAUAAUGUUUCUGCUUUACAUUCUGUUUUACCAUGGUUUUAUAAAUUCAGAAAAUCUUGUGAAAUAAAAGCUACUGAUCGUCCAUGUAUUGCUCAAUUGAAAAAGAAACUAUUAACAAAGCUUGAUGCGAAGUUAUGGUUAACGGACAUUCACUACAUCGCUACCUUUCUUCAUCCUAAAACUAAAUCACUUCCACUAUUAACUCAAAAUGAACGAAAUGAAAUAAUAAAAACAGUUAAAAAAAUGCUCAACACACGUGGUAUUAGUAAUGAUGAAGACUUAUAUCAAAAAAGAAAUAAACGUGCCAAACGUGAUGAUAUUAGUGUUGAUCAUGUAUUGAAAGAGUUUAUUUCAAAUGAAAAUUUAUCAACAGAUGACGAAGAACCAUAUGAUGAAGUGAUCGAAUAUAUGAAAUGUAAAGUAAAUUAUUCAAGUGGUGAAGAUGUUUUGUCAUGGUGGAGAAAACAUUCCUGUAUAUAUCCACAACUAUCACGUUUAGUACUAGCAUUACUUUCUAUUCCUGCAUCAUCAGCAACAAGUGAACGGAUCUUUAGUGAAACUGGAAGAAUUUUGGAAGCAAAAAGACAACUAUUGAGUGCUGAAUCACUUGAUUCACUUGUUUUUUUACUAGAUUGUAUAUUUUUUUCAUAUGAAAUAAAGUUUGAAAUUGAUUGCACGUGA